UAUUAAGUAAGGUGCACCAGUGUGACACAUGCGAGGGAGAAAAUCUGACAGCGAUGGGCAAAUGACCGCUAUGAAAUAAAUGUAUGUCUGCUCACUAUAUAAUAUCUGUACACAUAACAUCAAUAGUGUAGUACAAGACUAUGUUUUUAUUGAUAUAAUAGAUAAUGGCUGCGGUUGUGAAAGUGUUCCGGACGGUGCGAAAUCAUUGGAAGAAGUCAACCGUCGGUGUAUGUGUCCUGUCAUACGGUGGAUACUGGCUGUAUGGUAAACACUGUGACAAUGUGUUGCGAAGAGAAGCUUGUCUAGAAGCCAAGCAAUUCGGGCGUCAGCAGAUCGCUCCCCAGGAACAACUGAGAAAGGCCACAGUCAUCCUCAAUCCAGCCGCCUGCAGCGGGAAAGCCAACCAGUUGUUUGAGAAGAACGCCGCCCCGAUAUUAAACCUGGCUGGAGUGGAGGUGACCGUGGUCAAAACUGACUAUGAAGGCCAGGCUAAGAAGCUGCUGGAGUUGAUGGAGCAGACCGACAUGCUGAUAGUGGCAGGAGGAGAUGGCACCUUGCAGGAGGUGAUCACGGGGCUCCUCCGGAGGGCUGAUGAGGAGACUUUCAGUAGAACUCCCAUAGGAUUCAUUCCCCUGGGGUCUCACAACUCCCUGAGUCCGAGUCUUCACCUCCUCAGUGACAACAAGGUCCAACACAUCACCUCUGCAACACUGUCCAUCCUGAGAGGAGAGACUGUACCGUUGGAUGUGUUGCAGAUUAAGGGGGAGAAAGAGCAGCCGGUGUUUGCUCUGACUGGAUUACGCUGGGGUGCUUUCAGGGAUGUGGCAGCCACCAUCAGCAAAUAUUGGUACCUGGGUCCAUUGAAAACAAGAGCAGCACAUUGGCUCAGCACAUUACGGGAGUGGCCCCAGGUCCACGAGGCCUCCGUGUCCUACCUGGCCCCCACCCUCCGCCCCCCUGACCUGCCCACCCACAAGCCCCCCCGGGCCAGCCUGCUGAACCGCAUCAUCCGGAGGCUGAAGAACUACUGGAGCCCUCCUGUGGAAGAGCCUCCUAAAGUAGAAGAGCCAGUGCAGUGGGAGGAGAAGCAGCUGUCCACGCUGGAGCUGUCCAUACACACUCACAACAAGAACCCCGUCGAAACGCGCCUAGAUGAUUCCAUGGUGCUGAGUGCCGAGCCAGACACCUUCACUGUUGGAGAGUUCAUCACUGUGGGGAUUAAGAAAGAAGAGGAUCCAACUGUGUUCACUAAGAAGUCCCUGACCGUGGAGGCCAGUGCUGUCCAACUCAACCUGCCCUCGGAAGGGGCGGGCUUCUACAACAUCGACAACGAGGCGUACGAGGCCAUGCCCGUGGAGGUGCAGCUGUUGCCACGGAAACUGCGUUUCUUCAUUAGCGCUGAGCGCAGGGAGCAGCUGCUCAACCAGAUGUAGGAGGGACCUAGGUGACCGGAGGGGGACCUGGGUGACCGGAGAGGGACCUGGGUGACCGGAGGGUGACCUGGAUGACCGGAGAGGGACCUGGGUGACCGGAGGGGGACCUGGAUGACCGGAGAGGGACCUGGGUGACCGGAGGGGGACCUGGGUGACCGGAGGGGGACCUGGCACAGAACUGCCCCUCUCUGGAAGGUUCCAUCCCCCCCCAGAACUGCCCCUCUGCUCUGCGCCUCACCACACACUGACCAGGGCCUCUUCCUCCCUGAGGUGACUUCCUGGAAAACCUCUGUUCUAACCAACACCAACCCCUAGUAGCCCCACAGAGACACAGGGCAUCUCCUCCUGCUACAGUACUCUCACCUGCCCCGCUGGAGCCUAUUUCAAUGUGUCCUGAUUAUGAAAGAGGCUGACAGUAUGAUGAUGGAGAAUGUGAUGGACCAAGCUUUGUGUUGUUACCUAACCUCUGCCCUGUACGUGCGGUACGUCAGUCUGGGCCAGAAGACUUCGGGAGAUCCUCAUCAUGAGCUAAAACGAUACCUAGAAUAAUAAAGAAGUUCUCGUAUGAUGC